AUGAAUUCAAUAUAUAAUGAUUUGAAGCAAAAAGAAUUAUUAUUAAAGAACGAAGAAUUAUUAUUAACAAAAAUAUCAACGUCCCAAAUUAGCAUUUUUAAUGCAUCAAAAGAAUUUAAAAAUAGUUUUAUCUUUUAUUUUAAAAAUGAGGAACAUUCUAUUCACCGAGUUGAAAAUACUGACAAGGCUAUUCAUUAUGAUAAAAGUUAUGGUCCAUCUUUUGGGAAAACUGAUCUUUCUUUCUAUUCUACCCCUGAUUUUCCGAAACCAAGAUGGAAAUGCAAAAAGAAAUGCUAUGAAGAAUUAAAAUUAGAUGAGUUAAAUUUAGAUCGAUAUAAAACUGUUAAUGUAGAAGAUUAUGAAGAUCAUAACCCUUAUCCUCAAAAGGGAUACAGGAUUAUUGCGUUAAAGGUGCCUGGUGUUAAGCCAUAG